AUGCCUUCUCUAAGCAAUCUCAAAGUUCUUCCCGUUGAUCUUGAUAAAGACUGGGAUGGAGUCUUUGGCAGUUUUUGGAAAUCAUGGAGCAUUCCAAGACAAGCCCCAAUGGUAGUCACAUUCCCUCACAUCGGUGAAGGUGGCCCAAAAGAAGCUGCAGCUUUUGCAGUAAAGAAGGCUCAGUACCUUGCUGCUGCACGUACUAGUCCCGGACAGAUGUGGUUCAAGCUCGUCGACACGGAAAAGUCACCGCCACUCAUUGUAGGAGGCUGCUGCGUGACUCAUUGGAGGGACGAAGAGCAUCCGAGGAAUAUGCCUGAUACUCCUCAUUACGGAUUUGAGCCGGGGUCACAGCUCCGUAUGAUGUCUGAGCAGUUGUAUGGACAGUUGGAUGUGUGGCACCGCCGAGCGAUGAAGGGACGAGAGCACAUUUAUGGCCAAGCCAUGUGGAUCCUCCCUGAAUACCGCAGCCUUCACGCUGCGCCGCUCCUUACGGGCAAAUAUGAGUCCUUGCUUGACGAGUUUGACGUCGAGGGGUAUACCGAAUGUGUCCAACUGAGCAGGGGCACGCUCGAAAGAGCCGGGUCUAUCCUUUUGAACAUUAUCAAUUUUCCAAUGAAAGUUGAGAACCCAAGCGAUGAGACCAGGGAUUUGAUGGAGGACUUUUCAUCUGAACCGUUAUAUUUGAUGUGGAGGCCGAGGAAUAGUGACAAAGGCACAGAUGUUACACCUCCCUCUGUAGGACUGAGGCAUUCUAAGCUAUAA